AUGAUGGAAUGCGACCCCUCUUCGGCUUUCUUCGGGUUCAUGGGCGUGACAUCCGCCUUGGUGUUCGCAAACCUUGGGGCAGCAUACGGCACGGCGAAGAGCGGUGUUGGCAUUGCAUCUAUGGGCGUCAUGCGACCUGAUAUGAUCAUGAAGUCCAUCAUUCCAGUGGUCAUGGCGGGUGUGUUGGGCAUCUAUGGACUAAUCACGGCGGUCAUCAUCAAUGGCAAGAUGGAUGCAGCGAACUACUCGGCAUACUCCGGCUACGCGCACCUAGGAGCAGGCCUCACCGUGGGUAUGAGCUCGCUGGCUGCGGGCCUCGCCAUUGGAAUUGUCGGAGAUGCUGGUGUUAGGGCCAACGCUCAGCAGCCACGACUCUUUGUGGGGAUGAUUUUGAUUCUCAUCUUCGCCGAGGCUCUCGGCCUCUACGGCCUCAUUGUGGGCCUGGUAGUUGCCUCAACAGCUGAGGGCAAAGGAAAGGGACUUUGCAAGCCUUAUGCUUGA